GUAAAAAGGUGGUCACAAGAAUUUAUUUGUACAUUUUUUUUAAAUUUUAUGAACUAAUAAUAUGAACAUUUUCAAGAAGUAAGAAUUACUUGUGCACAAAGUCACAGGAGAAUUUUUUUUUUUUUUUUGCUCUUAACCCUUCUAAGCAGUAAAAGGAGUAAUAUGUUUGAUGAGAACUGUGUUAUAAUGUCUUGACCAUGAUCAACGAAAAUUGACAACCAAAAAUGAUCCACCCGAUCCACCCACAAAACUUAACCCAAACCCAGAUCCGGUCAAUAGCGGGUGGAUUCUGAGAAGACUCACUCCUCUCUCCUUUUCUUGCAGAGACGACUCGUCGACUAAUUGAAUGUAAGUCGAUCGCAAUGAACAGCUCGUGGCGGCGAAGAGAGCUCGUCUUUCUAAUCCUCUACGCGGUCGUCUUCUACGUUAUUAUCAUCCGUCGCUCCCUUCAACUCUCCCACGAUCAUUAUGACAAACUUCGUGGUCUACGUCCCGGAUGGAUCGCCGGUCGACUUAAUGAUGUCUCUGAUUCCCAAUGGAGAAAUUUUCGUGGGAAUUUACCCAUCCUUACCAUUGUUUUGGGGAUUUUUACUUCAGUGGCGAAUAUGUUGAGGGCGUACUAUAAUUUAAAUGCGAAGACAAUGUCCAUUACAUGGCUUUUGAUUUCUUUGACUUAUAUAUUAUAUCUACACGGAGCUUGCAUCAUCUUUGUCCUUUCAAUUGCUUCAGUUAAUUUUCUUAUAGUAAAGAUAUUUGGACGGACAAUGUACUUCUCAUUCAUACUAUGGAUUUUCAACAUCUCAUGUCUUUUGUGUAACCGCAUUUAUGAGGGAUAUUCGUUCUCCAGUAUUGGGCAGCGUUGGGCUUAUUUGGACAAUUUUCGGGGUACCUUUAGAUGGCAUAUCUGCUUUAACUUUGUUGUUCUGCGCAUGAUAAGCUUUGGAUAUGACUACCAUUGGGCACAUAGCAGUGCUCAUUUCGAUCAAAAGAAGCACAUGCAACGUUGCCGCAAUUGUUCAUCGGGACAACCAUGCUAUCUGCUAUUACAGGGAAGAAGCGUCAAGGAUGACAAGUUCUCUUUUAGUAUAUACCUGUGUUAUUUGGUAUAUGCACCUCUCUAUAUCGCUGGACCGAUUACAAGCUUCAAUGCAUUUGCUUCACAGUUGGAUACACCUCAGAAGAAUUAUUCACUGAGGCAAGUGGCUUGGUACGGAUUGCGUUGGCUUUUUAGUCUUUUACUAAUGGAACUAAUGACACAUCUGUUUUACUACAAUGCCUUCGCUAUCAGUGGCAUGUGGAAAUAUUUAUCUCCUAUGGAUAUCUUCAUUGUUGGAUAUGGGGUCCUAAACUUCAUGUGGCUCAAGUUUUUUCUUAUCUGGCGAUACUUCCGAUUCUGGUCACUGCUCAGUGGCAUUGAGGCCCCUGAGAAUAUGCCGCGGUGUAUAAAUAAUUGCUACAACUUGGAAAGUUUUUGGAAAAAUUGGCAUGCUUCCUUCAACAAAUGGCUUGUCAGGUACAUGUACAUUCCUCUUGGAGGUUCUCAAAGAAAGCUGCUCAACGUAUGGGUUAUCUUCACAUUUGUUGCCAUGUGGCAUGAUUUAGAGUGGAAGCUUCUUUCGUGGGCAUGGUUAACAUGUGUAAUCUUUAUCCCAGAAAUGAUGGUGAAAUCAGCAGCAAAUACUUAUCAGGCGGAGAAUGUUUUUGGGGAGUUUGUUUUCCGUGAGCUUAGUGCAGCUGCUGGUGCUGUCACAAUCACUUGUCUUAUGGUGGCUAACCUUGUUGGCUAUGUUAUUGGACCAUCAGGCCUUAAUUGGUUGAUUUCUCAAUUUCUCCGGGAAGAAGGACUGCCUACUCUUGGUGGUAUGUUCUUGUCCUUUUAUGUUGGAACAAAGCUUAUGUUCCACAUCAAUGAUGCUGAAGCAAGGGAGGCACUAAAGUUAAGAGGCCAUAAAGGAGAUUGUUGCUGACACUGAACCCAGAUAUUGGUUUAUUUGUAGUCCAUGGUCAUGUCUAAUUAUCCACAUCAAACUCGAACGUGUGUUUUUCUGCUCGGUUUGAUCUCACUCUAUGAAAGCAUUAAAGGGUUGUGAAGACAUUUGUGCGUGUUCAGAAGUAUUGUCUUUUAUUCGUGUUCUCGAAGACCAGCAUGGGGCAUCUGAGGGGUUCAGCAAGCAUGGAGGAGUCGGAAAAUUCUGUUCUUGUAUAUUAGUUGCACCGUAAGUUGGACGGGACCUUCUCGAAUGUAUACUUUCUGACUGUCAGAUAUUUUUCUGGGCAUUAUGAUCAUUGUGAUCGACACAAAAUGCAUUCUGAACUUUAACAAAAGGUGGAUUGUCGCUAGUUAUUUGUAUCCUGGGAAAGUCCAUAAUUAUUCUUAAAUGAUUGCUUUCUUAUUUCCUUGA